AUGGGAAGUUUCAGCGAAUUUGAGGAGGUAAGUUGAGGUUAUAGCUUACAAGGGAAGUAUCCCAAGUGCGACGUUCAGAUUUUGAUGAAACUUGGUACAAAUUCAGAACAAUUUUUUCUAAGAUAGAUGCGAGAAUCCUAGCUCGCGCUUUGCAGAAACAACCGAGAUUUUUAGAUCGAAGGUCGGCCAAAAUUUAGGACCUUUUGCCGAAUUUCGGCACGAAAAGUUUCAUGCCUAUUUCCACCGUAAAGGAUAAUGUUUCUACAAAAAAUCAAAUUUUUCCGCACGAAACUGCCAAAGUUAUGGCCAAAAAGCGUUUUUCUCUCUGACCGCUCUCCACGUUUAGCGUGCUCUCUCGGCGGCAAAAAUCGUCGAAUAUCUCGGUGGCGCCAGCAAAGCGCGAGCUAAAACUUUCAGGAAUUGAUACUUAGUCCAUACCCGACGUGUGUGCAAAAUUUAAAGAAAAUCUGAGCGUCGCACUUGGAGUACUUCCUCUGUGAACCAUCUAUGCCGAGAGAGCACGCUAAACGUGGAGGGCGGUCAGUGAGAAAAGCGCUUUCUGGCCAUAACUUUGGCAGUUUCGUGCGGAAAAAUUUGAUUUUUUUGUAUAAACAUUACUUUUUACCGUAAAAAUAGGCACGAAAUUUUUCGUGCCGAAAUUCGGCAAAAAGUGUCAAAUUUUCGCCGACUUUCGAUGUAAAAAUCUCGGUUGUUUCUGUAAAGCGCGAGCUAGGACUCUUGCAUAUAUCUUAGAAAAAAUUAUUCUAAAUUUGUGCCAAGUUUCAUCAAAAUCUGAGCGUCGCACUUGGGGUACUUCCCCAGUAAGUUAAGUCCGUCAAAACAACAGACCUUUAUGUCUUCUGUUCCAGGCGGUCCAACGGCUUCGUGACGGCUUCAAUGAAGGGCUAAAUCAUCCAGUUGAGGAGCGGAGGCGUCAUUUAGAAAACUUGUCGGCGAUGCUCAAAGAAAAUGAAGAUGCGUUUUGCAGGGCGUUGCAUCAAGACCUUCGGAAGGCAAGAAAUCAUUUUUAUACUAAAAAAAUAGAUUUUUUGAUCUUAAUUUUGUAGAUUUAAAAACUAAUUAUUUGAACCAAAAGUAAUCAAAAUUACACUUGAAACUUCAAAAUCUCCUUUCAGAGCCAUUUCGAGUCCAAAACUCAAGAAUUAUACUUCUCUGGCUGUAUAAUUUCCACCGCUUUGUCAAAUCUCGACUCUUGGAUGGCCCCACAAAAAGUUUCCCGCUCGAUUCUCCAAGCCACCGACUCCACUUACAUCCAUUCCGAGCCCUUGGGCGUAGUCCUCAUCGUUGGGACAUGGAAUUUCCCGGUUCAGCUGCUUUUAUCGCCGCUGAUUGGAGCUCUGGCCGCGGGGAAUACGAUUCUAAUCAAACCAUCGGAGAUGGCGGCAGCUACGGAGAAACUAUUUGUGGAGUUGUUCCCCAAGUAUUUUGAUGAGAGAGUUAUCAAAGUUGUAACGGGAGGCAAGGAGGAAAUGGGGUAAGAAGGAAGUUUUUUUCAAUUUUGAUGAUUUUUCGGAAAUUUUUAUAAUUUUUUGGGAUUUCUAAAGAAAACAUUUAUAAGAAUUAGACUUAUUGCUUCCUCAACUCUCAAAAAAUAUGUUUUAUAUUUUUCAGCGAGAUUCUGAAGCUGCGUUUUGACCACAUCUUCUUCACCGGCUCCACUUCCGUCGGCCGCAUUGUGAUGAAAGCCGCGGCCGAAAACCUGACUCCAGUUACCCUGGAAUUGGGCGGGAAAAGCCCUGUGAUAAUCGAUACUGAUGCUGAUUUGCGGACAACCGCAAAACGAGUAACUUGGGGAAAAUUGAUAAACAAUGGCCAAGUCUGUGUCACUCCGGAUUACGUGCUUUUGAUUGGAGAUUCGGAGAGAAGAAAAGAAUUUACCGAUGAAUGUGUGAAGUGUGUGAAAGAGCUCUAUGGAGAGGAUGCUCAGAAGAGCCCAGAUUACGGAAGGAUAAUCAAUGAAAGCAAUUUUGAGUGGGUUUUUUGAGCGAUAUCCUAAAAUUUCUAAAAAAGGAUGACUUUGAAAAAAAUUGUGAUUUCAACUGAAUUUAAACCUUUCUGUACAACGAAUAAUAUACCGUUUAAAAGACUUUUGUUUGGGCUUUCAGAAUCUAUAAAUUUAUUUUCUACUCCAUCUUUCUAUCAAAACUUAUAGCGAUAUUAAUUUUGCCAUCAGCUCCCCAUGUAUAAUAUAAAUUAUUCUCCUAUAUUUCAGCCGUCUCUCCAAAAUCAUUGAUGGCACCAACGGCAAGAUUCUUUACGGUGGGCGUCGCGAUCGUUCCGAUAAAUUCAUCGAGCCCACGAUCAUCUCCGUCGAGCCGCACGACAUUACUUUAGCAGAUGAACUGUUUGGCCCAAUCCUCCCGGUUCUCACAGUUCCGACCUUAGAUGAUGCUAUAAAGUAUAUAAGAGGCAGAGAAAAGCCUCUAGUCUGUUAUUUGUUCAGCAAUAACAAAAAGACUGUGGAAAAAGUAAAGCAGAAGACAUCUUCUGGAACGCUGACUAUCAAUGAUGUUAUUAUGCACAUGACUGUGGAAACCCUGCCUUUCGGUGGAGUCGGACAUUCGGGAACUGGAAGAUAUCAAGGGAAAACAACGUUCGAUACGUUCUCUAACAAGAAGAGUGUUUAUCAUAGGACAUCUUGGUUCGAAUGGCUUCUGUGGUAAGAGGGCUUACUAUAACUUAAAAAUAUCAUAAAAGAGACAGUUUUCUCUAAUCGAAAACACUUUUAGAGCACUCAUUCUAGUUAUUCAGAGUUUAUAGGCUUUUAUUUGUACAGUAAUCUAACUUUUGAGCAAUGAAAAAUCAGCAGGAAAUUUUUGGGGUCAGCUAGAAUAAGGUGAAUUAAAACGGUUAUAACAGAAAUAGUAAAGGCCGUAACAAUUUUUGGCUUUAGCGCAGUAAUUUCAGCCCAAUAGGUUUUCCUUUAGUCGUAGUUUCAAUUUCGUACGAUCAAAUUACCACAACAGCAGUGAUUUCAGUUUUGGCCCACAUUAGAGAAAAUGAAUUUAGAAAAUAAGAUGGUUGCUGCAAAAUACGAAUGCGUGACCCUCAAUAAAUCUUUUGGACUUGAAAACAAUAGAUUUUAGAAUAUUAUUUUACUAAUAGCUCACUUACUCGACUCUUUUCAGGAUGCGCUAUCCUCCAUUUACAGCGGACAAGUUGAAGUGGAUGUGUCGCCUUAUUCUCAGCAGUAAAAUCCGGUUACCGUUCUGA